AUGAAGAAGAGCUUCUUCGGCUUGUGGGACGCCAGCCCGCGGGGAGACGGUGGGCCGGAGCCGGGGUACCGCCUGCGGGCCAGAGACCUGGGCAAGAUCCACCAGGCGGCCAGCGCGGGCAACGUGGCCCGAGUGCAGCAUCUGCUCUUGCUGGGGAAGAGCGGCCCCGACGACAGGGACAAGAGGCACAGGACAGCUCUGCACUUAGCUUGUGCUGGUGGCCAUAAAGAGGUAGUCACUCUUCUAGUGGAGAGAAAAUGCCAGCUAAACCUCUAUGACAGCGAAAACAGGACAGCGUUGAUUAAGGCAGUCCAAUGCCAGAAAGAGGAAUGCGCCACCAUUCUGCUGGAACAUGGUGCAGACCCGAAUCUGCAGGACAUCGGCGGUAAUACUGCUCUCCACUACGCUGUCUCCAGUCAGAACAGGGCCAUAGCUGCCAAGCUGCUGGCACAUGAUGCAGACAUUAAAAUAAGCAACAAGGAUGACCUCACGCCAGUUUUACUGGCUGUCAAGGAAAACAAACAGGAAAUGGCAGAUUUUUUAAUAAAGGAAUCAAAUAGAUAUGCAUUAGGAAAAAUGCAAAGCAGUUGCCAAGCGACUUCAGAAUAUGCACUAGAAAACAUACCUAAACAUUCUCUUCAAAAUAACAAUCCAGGGGUGGAUGACAAUUCUGAAGAAGAAUCUUUAAGCAGAUUUUCCAGUAAACCUGGCAUUGAUGAUUCAUGGCCUAUAUCUGAUGAUGACUUUGAUUUUGAAGCCAAGACUGUCCAGAAACCAAACUUAACAAAGCUAAUGGCUGUUUCCGAGCACUCUCAGAAAAACCAAGCAAAAGGUGGCAUCGUGAGACCAGCAAAUAGAGUCUUAUUUGAGGAUGACAACUCUGAUUCUGAAAAUGAAGAUGUGCUUGACACAUUUCCCGGGUCUUCAGUCAAAGUCCAAGACACUUCUCAUCCUGACUUACUGUCACCUGAACCUGUUCUGAAGCCUUUGAAGUCUUUUGCAACCCUUGAUCUUCCAGAUGAAAGAUCUAUAAGGCCAGCAGUUGAACAGGAAAAAAAUAAUAUUGAUACUAUUGAAAAUGUGUCACAAGCACAAACAAAGAAUGGCAAUUUGCCAUGUGUUGAUGAAGCUUAGAAAACAAUAUUUGAAAUGCUGUCAGCACUGGGAUUAGAAGA